AUAAACCAUUAACCAUGCAAAGAAUCACAAGCAAAUAUGAAAGCAUCAACCAUAUAUAUAUAUAUAGUCUAAGGGUACUUGUAUCGUAAACAUAGGAUUAAGGUCUUUAUCUUGUGUCAAACUGUCAAUGGAUUCAUUUGCAACAAUGUUGGAUCUGCACUGGCCGGUUUUGGUUAUGAUUGGAUUGCAGUUUUGCUCUGCGGCUAUGUCACUUUUGGUCAAGACUAGUCUAAAUCAUGGAAUGAGUGUGCAUGUGCUCGUGGUUUACAGAAUGGCUGUUGCUUCUGCUAUAUUGGCUCCUAUUGCCUUCAUUGUUGAGAGGAAAUUAAGACUGAAGAUGACCUUCUCCACCUUUGCUAAGAUCAUGUUGCUCAGCUUAUUCGAGCCGGUCGCUGCUCAAAAUUUGUACUACACAGGGAUGAAAUACACAACAGCAACUUUUACUACUGCAAUGUCCAAUCUUCUUCCUGCACUGACAUUUGCAAUUGCUUGCAUUGUGAGGUAUGAGAAGAUAAACAUGAGGAAGCUACAUUGCCAAGCCAAAGUUAUUGGCACAAUUGUGGCAAUUUGUGGAGCAAUGGUGCUUGGUCUUGUCAAGGGAAAACACAUAAAUCCUCCAUGGAGUCAUCAUCAUGAUGUUGAUUCUCAAAAACAUGCUACUGAUAAUGGAAGUUUCGUGGAGGGUUCGAUCAUGAUUCUAGUUGGUUGUGUCAUCUGGGCUUCUUACUACAUUUUGCAGGCCUUUAUACUAAAAUCGUACCCGGCUAAGCUCUCUUUGGCGACUCUGCAAUGCACAAUGGGGAUGGUCCAAGGCAUCAUUGUUGCAUCCAUAGCGGAAAAAGGCAACACUUCAGCUUGGUCUAUACACAAGGAUGUCAGAUUAGCCACUUGUCUAUAUGGGGGAUUGUACGCUGGAGGAUUAUAUUAUCUCACAGCAAUAGUGACAAACAAAAAGGGCCCUGUUUUCUCCAGUGUCUUUUAUCCUCUAAGCAUGGUUAUUGUCGCGAUUGUGGGAUCAACUUUCUUGCAUGAACAAAUGUACUUAGGAAGGAUUCUGGGAGCGAUUAUCAUUGUGAUGGGCAUGUAUAUGGUGAUAUGGGGCAAGGCAAAGGAUGAGCAUUUACAAUCUGAUACUGAUCAAACAGCCGCAGCAGCACCAGAUCUUGAAGAAAACACAGACAAUCCCACAUUGGAGUCCGGAGAGCACCAAAUCAAGGAAGAAAUACAAACAGAGACGACGCACACAAUCCAAACACAAGUUGAACUUGUCGUUUAGUACUAAUUAGCUAGUAUUUUAUAAGUUUAGGUUAUUUGUUGAGAAGGUUUGAGGAGGAUUUAUUACGGUAGUAAUUUUUUUUCCCUCUGUUUUGACUUUUUUUUCUUGGUGAGGUAAAUUUAGUGGAUUGCGUUGUGUAGAUGGAAAGCAUUUGAGUAUUUCCAAACAUAUAAAAUUGUGAA